AUUUUCCCAUGUACUAAAAUUCCUGAUUUAGCAGGAAACAAAAAUGACAGCAUUUUUGCGAGAAAGAACUUUCUCGCAAAAUUUCCCCACUAAACAAACGUACCCUUCAUUUGGGAUCAAUUUCUGAUUUCCCAUUAUUUGCAGGCAUAAAACGGAGAGCAUCCGAGUGCUUUUUACUUCCUCUUCAAAAUCAAAUGGGUUUUCUUCUGUUGAAGAAAACAAACCCCAAACUUUUGUUUGUCUCUCAAUCUCUCCCUCUCCAUUUUCCCUCUCUAAAAAAAGAUCACCCCAAUUCUUUGUUUCUAUGUAUAUUUCAUUCUCUCUCUCAUUCAUCCUCCUCUCUCUCCAGCCACCCCAACUCCAACAAUUCCUCUUCCAACAUCAAAUUGAAAGGAUGGGUCCCAAUCUAUGGCUUCUCUCAUCUAAGAACUCCUGAAAUCAAUUCAGUUUUAUUGGGUGCUCAUAGAAUUUCUGGGUUUUCAAGGGGAGGAAAACACGAAGAAAAUGGUGUUCAUUGCUCUGGCUUAUUGUGGCGACAUGGGUACAGUUCUCAGUUGGGUAUUAAAGAGAAGACAUCAGAUGAGCUUUCAGUUGACAAAAUUGUUGCUCGGUGUUGGCCGAUACUCGACGAGACUGAAGGUGUCUGGACGAGCCAUGCCGCCUCCAUUGCGCAGUCGAUACAGCUUGUUAAGAAGCGUUUACAGUGGACAACAUUGAUGCUCAAGCUUGAUCACCUAUCUUUGGAGUUGAAUAAGCCAGAUCUUUGGGAUGAUCCAAUUUGUGCUGGGAAACUUAGUCGUGAGCAUGGAUCUAUUAUGAGUAAAAUCAAAGAGGUCAAUGGUUUUGAGAGAGAGCUUCUUGAACAUAUUGAGAUGCUAAAGCUUGCACGUGAAGAGGGUGAUAGUGAAUUGGAAUCGGAAUCUAUGAAAGCGCUACUGAAAAUGAGAAGGGUUGCCAAGGAGAAAGAGCUUGAAGCAUUGCUUUCGGGGGAGCAUGAUUCUUGCUCUUGUUUCAUAGAGGUUCAAGCUGGAGCAGGGGGAACAGAGAGCAUGGAUUGGGCAGCCAUGGUAAUGAAUAUGUACAAAAUGUGGGCACAACAUCGUGGAUUUAGGGUGACUGUAAUUGAUGAAAUGCCUGGAGAGAUUGCUGGAAUUAAGAGAGCAACAAUCAAAGUGGAUGGUGAGUAUGCGUUCGGGUAUGCCAAAGCAGAAGUUGGAGUCCAUAGACUGGUCCGGAUAUCUCCUUUUGAUAGUGCAAAGCGUCGACACACUUCUUUUGCUGCUGUAGCUGUAAUACCCAUGUUGGGUGAUUCCCCUUCUCGUUUUCAAAUUAAUGAAUCUGAUCUUAGAAUAGAAAGGUUUCGAGCAGGGGGAGCUGGAGGCCAACACGUUAAUACAACAGAGAGUGCUGUGAGAAUAGUGCACAUUCCAACUGGGGUAACUGCCACUUGUCAAAAUGAAAGAUCACAACAUCAGAACAAGGCGAUGGCUAUGUCGGUGCUCCAGUCACGAUUGGAUCAGCUUGAGAUGGCUCGUCAAGCCCAGAUGAAUGCUAAGCACACACAGUCCUUAACCGAGAUCAGCUGGGGCAACCAGAUACGCACUUAUGUCCUCCAUCCUUAUCGCAUGGUUAAGGAUCUAAGGACAAACUACGAGGUCUCGGACCCUGAUUCAGUCCUCCAAGGGGAUAUUGAUGGUUUCAUCUUGAGUUUCCUGUCUGACUCAAUUGACAAGGAUGGUGAAAACCUAUGAGCAUUGGUUUGGAACAACCACCCAUUUCUUUGGUGCCAUUAAAACACACAAAAGGAAUAUCAAAAUUAUCGGCCUUCACCUCUUGGCCAAACAUGGUACUGUUUCGAUGAUUCCAUGUCCACCUGAGCAGUUCUAUUGGCCAAACAGAAGCUGAGAUACAUGUCAGCAGCUCAUAUAAGCUUCGUUUUUUUUUUUGAUAAUUUUAUUAUUUUUCUCUUUUUUUAUUUAGUCUUAAGGUUAUUAAGCUUACUAAAAUACAAAGCUUGCAAUACAGGGUUGCAUGUAGCUGACAUGGUUCAUGUGAAUGGCUUGGUGCUACUUGGAUGGUUAUACUUGUGUGAUAAUCCGUGCUGUUUCAAAUUGUUUAUCUA